GCUUAAUGGAUGGACUGCAAUUUCAGACUCUGGCCCGAUGAGUUCUAGACAGACAUUGGGUCAGAGUGAGAACAGGAGCGUGAGUGGAAGGGAGACAGUCAUGGGAUCGAAGCUGUACAAGUUGCAGGUGCAAGAGGCUAGGACUUCAGGAUGUUGAGCUAAUGAAAAGAAUUGGAGCAGCAACGACAGUUGACAGCAGGGCAACUAGAGUGAGAUAUGUCUUCUCCCCUAGCGUUGAUUUCUGCUCUCCCUUCCCCAAUGUUUACUGGUGAUCAUUCUUGGUUUCUUACUCAUGAACG